UCCGCUUUGCGAGCGCUCAUUGAUAGCUCAUCGAUAGAUAUAUCAGGUGACUUAUAAAUCAAUUCACUGUCGAUUCAGUAGUCUUGGAGUAUUACUUUUAACUUACGUGUGAAGAUUAAAUUGGAUUUAAAAGCUAUAAUUUCAGACAAAAUGGGUCAAGAACGACCAAAGCUCGGAAAGAAACCCGACACCUCCAGAACACCGAGGACGCCUCGAAGUAAGUCCGCUCCAGUCACCCAACAACAACCACAAUCCGGCGAAUUUGAUUACGUGAGAGAAGACUUCAACCUUUUGUGGACGUCAUGGGUUAUGAAUGCCCAUCAUAGCGAUAUGUGGCGGAGGAUAGAGCAAACUGGGCUUGACAACACACUAAGGAAAUUAGCGAAGGUUAAGUCUGACUUGAGAGUCUUUUCAAGCGUAUCUUCGGAUGACGCCCUGAGUUUCAGCUCGGCUUUCACGGAAAUGAACGAAACCUUGACAUGUAUCCGCCUAGCAUUUAUUGAGAAUGGGCAAGACAUAUACGAUAACGACGAACGAGAGCACAGGUUCAAGACCGCAACCUGUCCCUCUAUAGUAAGCAUCUGGAGCACCUAUAGCACCUUCGCCUACGAGUUUGCCUCAAACUUCAUCCAACGGGGAUGGUUGAACUCGUCGGAGCACAAGGAGUUGCUAAGCAACACGACGGAACUCGCUGCGAACGCCGUUAAGCUUCUUCUUCUAGCGUUGGACGUAGAUUCGUUUCAUAAUCAUGCUAACGUUGAAAGCCUGCGAUCGACAGUACUGAAAGAGACUGAGGACGUAUCAAAAACGAUCGAGCAGCUUAUCGCAAAGACAUUAGCGCUGGGGGACUCGCACACGGCUGUCGGCAAGAUGACAGAAUUGCUGGGCUGGAUGCUGUACGGCCUGCACCACACCACAGUCAAGGUCAUCCAGCAAGAUAUAAAUGCCAGGUCGACAGAAGAAAGUUUCAACGACUUCAAAGAAUUGAUAGGAAACCUAAACGCCAUUUAUCAAAAUUUACCAGACGAAUGGAAGCAAGGGCUGGUAGUCGACCAGAAGCCGAGCACACCACCAGUUAUACCUAUACAACAAAGCAAGCAGGGCAGCAAAAAGAAUGGUGCAAAAGUACAGAUUCAAGAACAAAGCAAGGAUGACGAGACAAAUGAGAAGAAAGCGGUGGUCAAGGAGGGUCACAUAGAGACCAUUCAGAAACUUGGGACGCUGUUCGAUAGGUACAACACAGGGGCAAGAGAGAAGCAAAGGUUACCAGUAGUUCGGGGGCGCGCGCCAGUGGAGCUCCGCUACCCGAUCCCCAUGUACCGCCACAUCCAGCAGCUCCGAGUUGACGCAUGCACGAUUGUGGAGCGACAGGAAGUGCUGAAAAGUCUCCCGAUCACGGAAGACCAUAGCCUACAGGCGGACGUAUUCAGCAUAGGUCCUACGUCACUUAACGUCCCUGAAGACGUUAUUAUACAAUUCCCAUUGCUUCCGUCGUCAUCGACUUUGGGUUUUCACUUGUGGGUCCGGUCGGACGGAAAGUGGACGGAAACUGCAAACCCGGAAAUUGUGACAGUAGAUGACCAGUCGUUCGUCUGGUUUAGCACGAGGAAUUGCGAUGCCUUCACUGCGAUGACAUAUAACAAACCUGAUUGUCUUCUGGUGACGUCACAGGGCGUUUCCUACGUCAGUCCGGCAAACGGAAAAGUAGAGGUCAUAGUGCCGAAAGAUUGUUUUUACAAAGACGUUGAAUUAGGCAUCAAGAUUACGAAUUUCGAUUGGCAAAGUCACGGAGUGAACACUGUCGGCGUUAUAGACGCGUCGGUGGCGUUAAGUCUGACGUCACUGAGCGGUGAGGUCACGAUGCGCAAGCCGGUUACGGUAGAGCUUCCGUUGGACGACGAACACAAUUUCACUGACACGGAACUGGUAGUAGUGAGAUACGACUCAAAAACAACGCAAGUACUCGAUAGACGGCAGUUAGCAAUAAACACAACCGGCAGGAAUGGCGUGUAUUCCGUGGACAUCAAAGGAUUCUGGUGCGUUGCAAUAUUGAGAAUCCGCCGGGUGUUCUUGAACAUGAGAGAGACGAUCAAGAGGGAGUUCCUGGUCGGAUACCGGAAGCGGACGCCGUGCAAUAUCGUCACCUACAUAGACGACAUCUCUCGGGUCAAGGAGGCGCAGAUCUUCCUCGUGGAAAUAGUCGAAAAAAUGAACGCCGACGCGCAAGUGGAACAGAGAAGAGCCGAGGGUCUGAUAGAGGUCCGGAAGAGUCGGUCACGUGAGAUCCUUCUACAGAGGGGCGACUGCAUCCGGGUACAGAUAGAUGGGCAGAUGAGAGUAACGGAAGUGAUGUCAGAGCAGCAGCAGACGAUCUGCUUCCUGCAGGGCUGCGACAACAGCGUUUCUAUAGCAACCGAGGUGAAGCGCGACCCGGAGAAGCUCCCAGAUGCCAUGAUAUUUUACCAACUGGCCGGGAUCCCUAAUAGUAUCCACUCCGUGGCAUUGAUGACCAGGGACCUGUCCGAGCUGCCCACUGAUGCUAUCACGGCCCGGUCCGGCUUGAACAUGGGGCCACAAGCGAUCGGAAAGGAGAAGGAACAGGAAGAUGCCGCGGUUCAGAUCCUCAAGAUGGAGAGUCUGAUGUCGCUUGCCCGCGAGCUCACGUUCGAGGAAGCCCAGCAGCUGGGCCGUCAACUGGGUGUCAAAACCGACCACUUACGUCAGAUCCGGGAGGCGGCACAAAGGGACCGAGUCGCCGCCAAUUUCCAGAUCCUUUGCAAGUGGAGGGGCAGGUAUGCGCGCGCAACAAUGGCCGACUUCCUAGUGUCGAGUCUGAAAGCUGUUGGAAAGACGAGCUACGCCGAUUUGGUAACGGAAGUACGAAAACACAACCGGGGACUCGAGCGAGAGGACUUCCGGCGUCCUAUGACCGCCUACAGACGCUGAUGUAUUGUGUGUUGAUUUUAUAAAAGUUCAUUUCGUGUUUUAAAAUUAGGGAUUAGUAUUUUUUAUAUUUAUUGAACUGCAAUAAGGAAUAAGGGUGCAAUUACUCGAAUUUACCCAAGUCAUCGCCGUAACCCGCGUUCACUCAAAUACGCCAUAAUUCAAUCAAUCUUGAUGUAAUGGUGUGACAACGAAUAAAUAUGUACCGUGGGUAUCGAAGAUAACAUAAAACUGUUGUCAGUCAAACAAUUUGGGGCGCGAUUUGUUAAAACCGGCAUUAACGUCAAGACUUGAUUUUCGUUUAUAAGAUAAUUUCUUUAAAGAGGCCUUUUCACAGAUUUUGGCAUGUAUUGAUGUUUGUCAUUAAAUGCUUUAUAUUGGUAAAUGUAAUAAUUGGAUCUAAAAAGCUCUAGUAAAAAAUCAAGAAGUAAAUUUAGAAAAAGAAAGAAAAAAAGUAACCCUCAACAGGGCUCGAACAACUGACCCCUGGAGUCCAGGAAUAAGAGUCUACCUCUUAGACCACUCGACCAUCCGUGCUCAUACAUGUAUUUUAUACUUUAUAAAGGCAAUCCUCGUAGUUUAACAAGAUAUAACGACAACAACAGAACUCUCCAAAUUAUUCAAUCGUUUCGCUUUGCAACGCUUUAUAAUUUUCAGGUUUUUAAAUUGUCAAAAGAUGCAUAUAAAUUUGCGAAUCUGAAACAACUUUUUUCAAUUUUGUCAAUUUUGUCAAUUUUCCAAAACGUGAAAGGCCCUAACAUUCCAUGAAUACGGAAAGUGUCGACCCUGAGUAGCCUGUGCGUCUAUUCUUAGACGAUAAUUUACGCACAUAAAGCAUAAAGCCGGGUUUUCCCACAGCCGGGGCUUAAUUGUAUAUUGAAACUAUUUAUAUUGAAACAAAAAAUGCCGCCUGUUUGUUUCACUCAAAUUUUAUGCAUUGGGUUCACACAUGAAGAAUCGUGUUAAAUGCUCAAGGUUCACUUUACUGAUUUUAUUGCGUAAAUACACUACAUACACGCUGUAUUAUCUGUAUGAUUUUGAGACCUUGUCUGUUAUAAAUUGUAUCCUAGUUUAAACGAAACUGUUUACCGGUGUAUAGUAUAUCUAUUACAUAUAGCUGCUAUAAACAAAUAACUUUUAUUUUAAAAUUUUAUUUUGUACUUCAUGGUUAUCGGACGAAAAUGCCAUGCUUACUAUAUACUCAAUUAAAAACAACAACAUUUUAUUUAUAACCGUACACAAGGUAACGCAAUAUUAUUCAUGUCUCUUUCUGUUAAGUAUGCUAUUGUGAAAUAAAUUAUGAAGUUGUUUCA